GAGGGGAGGAAGGAAGGAAGGAAGGAAGAGCAGAGGAGCCGGCAAGCGAGAGCAGAAUUUCAAGACCGGCCAACCGAUUGGGUUGAAGUACUACCUUUCCUAUAUUUUUUUAAAAAGAUGGAACCUUUGUCGUUCAGCGUGAAAAACCCAGAGGCCUCCAAUGACGGUUCGGUUGAUUUCCGCCUUCAGCUGAUUGGUUCCAUGCCGGUCCAUUCUUUAACCACGAUGCCCAUGCUUCCUUGGAUCGUAGCCCAGAUCCGCCAGAUCAGCAUUCAGCCGUCGAAGGAAGACCUCGAUGCUAGCCGAAUCCGGAUCUACGUCUCGCCCGCCAAGAUACGGUGCGAAGCAGACUCGGGGAAGAACCAGCAGUGGGAUCCUUUGAUUUGUUCCAGCCUCUUUGAGUGUCGGCCCCAAGACGUCCACAAAUUGAUCCACAACAGCCAGGAUCCUAGUUACUUCGCCUGCUUGAUCAGAGACGGCGCCCCCCAUCAGCUGAGUAUCUGCUACGUUUUCAAAGCCGACGAUCAAACCAAGGUGCCUGAGAUUAUCAGCACCAUUAGACAAGCAGGGAAGAUCUCCCGUCAGGACGACUUUCAGAGCCAACCCGAAGAUCCUUUCAGCAAGAAGUUUGAGGUGCUGUUUUGCGGCCGGGUGACAGUCGCGCACAAAAAUGCCCCUCCGGCGCUCAUCGAUGAAUGCAUCGAGAAAUUCAACGAUGUGAGUUAUACCAAAAACCUGGACGUGCCCCAUCAAAAUGACGGCGCCGGCGGAUUUUCCAUCAGUGACAAAUUCCGCGCGGUCUUCCAACCUUCGGCGAGCGAAGACGAGGCCGCUAAACCCUUGAGGAAAUCUUACUCUCAGCCUGGACUCCCUUCUUUGGCAUUGAGAAAGGAUUUGCGAAGCUGGAGCCUGAAGAGCAACAGCCUGGCGAGAUCCUUGGAUGGAGACGAUGUCGUUUCGCUCAACUUAAAAAGUCAAUUUAUCCAGGGGCAAAACGUACAGCCGACGGAUAUUGCUGGGAACCGGAUUAUGUUGUUCACGAUUGGGCAGUCCGAAGUUUACAUCAUAAGUCCCGAAACCAAAAAAGUAGUUAUGGAGAAAAGCUUUAAAGAAAUUUCCUUUUGUUCCCAGGGGAUUCGUCACGUGGAUCACUUUGGAUUCAUCUGCAGAGAGCCUUCCAAGAACAAAGGCUUCCAUUUUGUGUGUUACGUAUUUCAGUGUGCAGAUGAAGCCUUGGUGGAUGAGAUAAUGAUGACCUUGAAACAGGCAUUCAGUGUGGCAGCCAUCCAGCAAAAUUUCAAAGCCCAGCUGCAGUUCUGCGAUGGGUGUCCUAUGCAAAUUCUUCAUAAACUCUGUGAAAAGAUAGAAGGGACGCAUCCUUCUAAAACUAAACUGGAACUGCAGAAACAUUUAACAGCACUGAAUAACCAGGAGCAAGCCGAGAUCUUUGAGGAAGUUCAGAAAAUAAGGCCAAGGAAUGAACAGAAGGAGAAUGAACUGAUCAUCUCUAUCCUGCGAAACAUGUAUGAAGAAAAACAGAAGGAUCACGUUCACCUCGGAGAAGUUAAACAGACCACGCAAGCCUCUGGAGAAGCCGUGGGAAACGAAAUGCCGAACAGCACAACUCGGUUCAAGCUUGACGUUCUCAAGAGCAAAGCCAAGAGGUCGCUUACUGAAUCCUUAGAAAAUAUUUUAUCUCGCGGAAAUAAAAAUAAAAGCCUACAGGAAACUUCUGGAAGUAUUGAUUUGGAUAGCUCCUUAUCCAGCACGCUCAGUACUACAAGUAAAGAAACAUCGGUCGGCGACCAGGAAAACCAUUUCCCCCCAGACAGUCCUCUAAAACCAAACGGAUCGGUGGACAACCUUGACCUUCUCUCGACCGCAUCCGACGAACCAUCUGAAGAACAUCCUGCCCAAUCAGCCUACCAGGCCUUCAGAAGACGAGCUAACACCCUGACCCACGUGCCGUUGGAAGCCCAGGAGUCGUUUGAAUCUGUCGAAACCUCUCCGUCUGUUUCACAAAGAAAGCUUCUGAGGUAUCAUUCCAUGACCACAGAGACGGCAAACCAGCAAAAGGCUGCCAGCAGCUCUAAGCUUUCUGCCAGUCAGGCAUCACCAGCUGCUGCCCUGCCUCUUCCAGUUCGAGUUCCGUCCUCAGCCUCCUCACCCAAUUUCUUCAAGCGCCUUAGGCAUAGCUCGGGCGGAGAACAAGGCAGGCAGGCCAUGCUGAAGAGCACCUCCUUCCGUUCUUCUCUCCAGAGAAAACUUCACAUUUCCUCUUCUGUACCAAAUUUUUUAAAAUUCCUGCCUCCUGUAGAUGAAAAUGUCACGUCGGACUUUAGGACGUCCCACAGAGAUAACAAAUCCAAGUCCAAUGAACCAGAUUUGGCCCCGGAGACCCCUGUGAAGGCUCGACGACAUUCCUGGAGGCAACAGAUAUUUUUAAGAGUGGCGACACCCCAAAAAGGAUGCGACUCUUCCAGUUGGCAUGAAGAUUAUUCCGAACUGGGAGAAUUGACCCCUAGAUCACCGCUACAGCCAGUUUGUGAAGACGGUCCUUUCGGAACAACCAAAGAAGAGAGAAAAAAGACAUCCAAGGAGUUGAGGGAACUUUGGCAAAAAGCUAUUCUCCAGCAGAUCCUCCUACUUAGGAUGGAAAAGGAAAACCAGAAACUGCAAGCUUCUGAAAACGAUCUGCUAAAUAAGCGCCUAAAACUUGAUUACGAAGAAAUGACUCCAUGUCUCAAAGAAAUAAUCUCCGUCUGGGAUAAAAUGCUGAACACGCCCGGAAGGUCAAAGGUCAAGUUUGACGUGGAAAAAAUACACUCUGCUGUUGAGAAAGGAGUUCCUCGGCAACAACGGGGAGAGAUAUGGAAGUUUUUAGCAGAGCUGCACCAACUCCAGCACCCAUUUCCAAAUAAGCAACAGCCAAAGGACACGCCGUACAAAGAACUCCUAAAACAGCUGACUUCCCAGCAGCAUGCAAUUCUGAUCGAUUUAGGGCGCACUUUUCCGACCCAUCCCUACUUCUCAUCCCAGCUUGGAGCUGGCCAGCUUUCCCUCUAUAAUAUCCUGAAGGCCUACUCCCUCCUGGAUCAAGAAGUAGGCUAUUGUCAAGGCCUCAGUUUUGUGGCUGGUGUGUUGUUACUACACAUGAGCGAAGAGGAAGCCUUCAAGAUGCUGAAGUUCCUAAUGUUUGAUAUGGGCCUUCGGAAACAAUACCGACCGGACAUGACGAUUCUCCAGAUCCAGAUGUAUCAGCUCUCUCGACUCCUUCACGAUUACCACAAAGAUCUAUACGAUCACUUUGAAGCCAAUGAGAUCAGCCCCAGCCUCUACGCUGCCCCGUGGUUUCUGACUCUGUUUGCGUCUCAGUUUCCUCUGGGGUUCGUCGCUCGGGUGUUCGAUUUGAUGUUCCUCCAAGGACCGGAAGUUAUAUUUAAAGUCGCUCUGAGUCUUUUGGGAAGCCAUAAGCCUUUGAUUCUGCAGCAUGAAAACCUGGAAACAAUUGUCGACUUCAUCAAAAGUAUUCUUCCCAAUCUGGGCUUGGUACAGAUGGAAAAAACCAUUAACCAGGUAUUUGAGAUGGAUAUUUCCAAACAGCUGCAAGCUUACGAAGUUGAAUACCAUGUACUUCAGGAUGAAUUAAUAGAUUCUUCACUCAAUGAUAAUCAAAGGAUGGAUAAACUCGAGAAGGCCAACAGCAACUUACGGAAGCAAAACUUGGAUCUCCUUGAGGAGCUGCAGGUGGCUAAUGGGAAGAUCCAAAAGCUGGAAGCCAUGGUUGAAGCGCUGCUUAAUAACGAAGGCAAAUUGAACCAAACCAUCGUCACUCUGGAACUGGAGCGGAAAGGGUUGUUAGAAACGCUGAAGGAAUUCCACACGCAGCCAGCAAACUCCAGCGGGGAAAACUCUUCCCACUAACUGAGAAUUUAAGGCUCAGCGUCGGAGGGGGAAAAAAGGGAGAGAUUUUCUCUAAGCGACUCUUAGAAUUUUUUGUACCGCCCAUGCCUUACCUUAUCUCCGUCUUCCUUUUUCUCAAAUCGUGUUGCACAGAGGAGGAAAAUGUUACAAUGUUCUUACUCAGCGUGGAAGGCCUCGCUCGUCUACGUCCCAAAUUCUUUCGAAUCAUCCAUCGACGGAGUACAACACGCAGAAGGAUCUUUCCGCUUGACUAGACGUUGACACCUUUCCACCUGGUUGUAAACUUCCGGAGUUCUUUACCCUACGUACAGUAACCGUUUUUCGCUCUAAGACUCUCGCCGUAGUUAACACUGAAAGCAUUUAGGGAAAUGCCAGGCUAAACCUCACGGGCUGCAAACUUCUCAAGGAAUUUCAAUUUUAGGAACAUGCUGGAGUGAUUUCUUUCCCAUUUAAGGGGUUAAGGUAUCUUCAGUUGUGACCGAAUUGCUUUCUCCAAAGCGGAAAGUGGGCUCUGCUUACUCACAGUGUGUUUUUAAAACUUGCCGGCAGGAAGAACCACAAAGAAGCCAAAACGUCAUGCUAUAAUUUUGGGGACUACUCUUUGUUGUUGCCAAUGUGAUAAAUAUGGAUUUUUGUAACUUUUAAUCUAAUGUCUUAGUAUGGUUGAAUGCUUUGGUGUCAGGGUUCAGGAGAUGUCUUUUCUUUAUCUCUGUAUUGGCAAAAUCCGAAGCUUACAUAUCUUUAUAGUUGACUAUGCCUGAAGAUCGUGAUGGCAAACCGAUGGCACGCUUGCCAAAGGUGGCCAGCAGAGCCAUAUCGCUGCACACACAAGCUCAGCUCCUUUUCGGGCCUUCUGGGCCCACCGGAAGUAGGGAAACUGACUGUUUUCUGCCUCUAGACUGCCUGGUGUGUGUGUGAGGAAGGCCCGUUUUUUGCUCUCCUUACACUCCAGAGCCUUUCUAGGAGUUUGGGGAGGACGAAAAUGGCCUUCCCCAUCCUCCUGAAGGCCCUCCAGAGGCUGGAAAUGGCCCAUGUGCUGACUUCCGAUGGGACCAGAAGUUGGCAUAUGGACCAUUUCUGGCCUCCAGAGGGCCUCCAGGAGGGUGGGGAAAGCCGUUUUCGCCCUCCUUAGGCUCCUAGAAAGGCUCUAGAGCCUGGGGAGGGCCCACCAUGCCAUCAUGUGCCAAAAGCUGGGAGAGCUCAGGGGGGGAGAGCACGCAGGGGGGAGGUGGGGCGCAUAGAAUUAUGGGUGUGGGCAAGCGCUCCCCCCCACACCCGCUUUUGGCACGCGAUGGCAAAAAGGUUAGCCAUCACUUCCUUAAGAUGUUGCUUUAUUUAUUUUUGAUUCAUUGUGCCUCAAGCCUUCGUUUUCUGAAUGCAAAGCUAGUCGUUUCCCGUUUUAAUUCCAACAGCUCAGUCAGAUAUUAAGCAAGAUAUCAAGCAAGAUAACACUUCAAACAUCGCCGUUGAAAAUUUCAGAGCCACUUACAAAUGAAAGAUAUUCCUAUACGUGUUGCACUUAGAAGUAUAUCAUACACUGAACAAGGUGAUGGUUUUAAAACAGUUUUAUUUUUUUAAAAAAAUUAAUUAUUUUUCAUCAGGCGUGCAGACAUAGUUGUGCGCUUUAGGUAUUUGGCAAAUAUUCGAGGAGUCAUCACUGUGCGGUCACAAUUUUAAUCAGAAUGAUUGGUUACGAUCACAAUUUUGUUCGUUUGCUAACAAAUGCGCACCUUGGUGAUUUUAAAAGUUUUAACCUAGUUACGUACUGAUGGUGAGACUCACCGUGUGGCUUGCCGCCGAUUGAAGUAAAUCUGCACUUCAAGGAGUAGCUGCACUACAAAUGUAGCUUGAUUUAAUAACUGUUUCAUCGGAGGGGGGGGAAAUGGUUCCAUUUUUAGGAGAGCGUAGAUAAUUGAAAGAUAAUUUUAAAUAUCCUCGUCAAAUUAAUUCAUUUGACCCUUGAAAGGAAAGCAUAACAAACUAGCAGGUCUCCCCUGCCCGAUGUAGUGUGGUUAUUUUUUAAGCAAGAGUUGACGGCAUUAAAUAAGCAACGGUCUUUCUUUUUAAAAAGUUACACGGGCUCCUUGGGAAGUAACGGUUGAAAUUCAGCACGUGGUUGUUUUGCAUUGAUAAAUAUUGGAAAUGACAAUCUUAUUGACUUUGCUGUUGUUUGUUUUGAUGUUAGACAUCAUCGCCCACGUGUUUGUAUUCUUUGUUUUUCCAUACUUAUUUCACAUUGUCAGCAUCAGACACUUACUGCCGUAUCUAUAUACUGUUAGUAUGCCCAGCCGCAUUGGAUUUGGACUGACAUUACCCCGUCUGUAAGGUUUUUUUAACGUUUUAAAAAAGCAAUAAACGUCAAAUUCAUGUGUGAUGCUCCAAAAAUCCAGAAAA